UAUCAAAUUGCACAUGGCUUGGAAACUAUGCCCCCGGAGAAGGACCAAGAGGAACAAGGGCAAGUGGAUGAACUCCUUGCCCAAGGUUCAAGUGUGCGGAAUCCGGAUUUGAGGGCAAAUCCUUUCCAAGAAGGGGAGAAUGAUAUGACCAUGAGUGCUAGACAUCAAGUGUUUUCACCUCGACGUGAGCCAUGGAUUGAUUGGGGUCCAAGGAAGAGAGUGAAGACGUGCCAAGGAUUCAAUAAAGCUAGAGGGUCUCCCGAGGAUGCGAGGAAUAGAGAAGGCUUGGAUUUGAGGACAAAUCCUUUCCAAGAAGGGGAGGAUGAUACGAACAUGGAAGCCGUGCGUCAAGGAUUUCAACUACAGCUGGAUUCAACCAGAAACCGUCCUAUCGAGAUGAUAUCCGAAAGCUAUGAAACUACCACCAUCGUCUUCGUCUUGGAAACAGCUUCGCGUGGGUAUCUUGCACAUCUCAAUCGGAGUCCGAAUGAGGGAGUUAUGGUGGUUUUACAGAAGUCGCGCAGAACUGGCGAGGGAGUCCAGAGAGAACACCCGGGCGGGUGUUUUUCACCCUGCAAUUCACCCGACCGGGUGAAUCACCCGAGACUUAGUUUUUGAGGGCCUUUUUCCACAUUUUGGGCCCUUAGUAUAAAUACCUUUUGGUGUCAUUUUUCAUUCUAGAUUGAGAUAAGAUUGUGAUUGAAGUUAUCUCCCUAGUGAGUUUUUCCUCUUUGAGGAAUGUAUCCAAUUCCUUCCUUGAAGGUUGCUUGUUUCAAUUUCAUAGAUUGAUUCAAGUAGAGGUAUGCAUCAAUGGGGUGUAUCCAUUGAGUAGUGGAGCCAAGGGGUGAUAGAGCUAUUGAAAGUUGCCUAGGGUUGUUUCCAUCCUUUUGGUCAAGGUCCUAUGGUCAUAACUCUUUUAUCUCAUCAUUAUACACAUGCUUUCCAU